AUGUGUGUUGUUGAAUGCUUGAAACAAGACAAGGACGUGCCACAAUUACACGGUGAAUUUUUUAAUCAAGUGAGAAACCGAUUUGGCGAAUUAGAGGGAAAUGUGGAUUGGGACAAGUUCAAUUUGAAGUUUAACGUCAAGCCCAACGUGGAGCUCAAUUUGGGUCUUGAGUGUUUUUCAUUGAUCGCAAUGCAAAUAAAAGAGUCAUACACGGUAGAUGACCUUGUCAUCUGGAUCGACUCUUGUAGCUCAAAAUCAGCAACUUCAAGCGUGUCCUUGUUAUCAGACAAUACCCCAGCUUUUGUCUUGUUUGAUAUCUUACUACGAAGUCCCAGGUUCAAAGAACUGUUCCUUGUGCAAUUAGACUUGUGGACGCACAACAUAAAUUACGUGAUGAUGCAGUCUCGAAAAGACCACGGGAUUCUAAAAUUGAUGUUGGACAAUUUGACUUAUCAUGCGGUAAUGUUUGAACCUAAUAGCCUUGUGGUUCUAUACCAAACCACUUUGAACUUUGUCAAGUCACCAAAUGCAGGACUGUUGACCCAGUUAAACGGUACAUUUUUUGAUGAUCUCAUAUGGAGUCUAGCUGUGUAUUCCCUUCGCUAUCAGCAAAUUGAUCCCACAGGGAUCGCCAAUGCGCAAGAGUUGCUAAUGUCGCACAUUAAAAAUGUUGGGAGUUCUUUGUCCUUAAGGGGUUACCUAGGUAUAGCUAUUGUUUUGUCUAGAAUCUCAUACGACAAGGGUGUUCAGAUAUUUGAUGUUGCUCAACGAAAGUUUGCAAGGGAAACAAGCUCAAAGAAAAAUGUGUUGGCUUUUUAUAUUGCUAAAAUUUAUCUAGCUAAAUCGCUCAAGGAGGCUGUUGAUACAUUCAAGACUGCGAGUAAUCAAUUUGAUCAUUCAUCGACCUUGUGGCUAUUCUUUAUUCGAAAGUUAAAGUAUCUAAAUGUAAUGGAUGAAAAGUGGGCAAAAUUGUUGUACCAGCAGAUAUCCAAAUCAAAGGUAAAGAUUACAAGCGACAUUAUUUACGAAUUGUUGCACUUUGUUGGUGAAUUUGAUACUCUUGAGGACAUGUUUAAUGCUUUGUCAAGCGAAAAACUGGUUGCUGUUGACAAUAUAUUUCGUGUGAAAUAUAUACAACUUAUACAGCACCACAAAUCGGAAAUGGGGGCUCUCCCUUCGUUAUCGUGGGAGUUCCAUGAUCAAGCACAAUCGAGUCAUUGGAAUUCUAUUGACGAGUGCAUAUCUCACGUAUACACAACAUCACCUGUCAAAUCCCUUCAACUUGUUGUUACAUAUCUCAGUUACAUUUCCGAUAUUGAUGCAACAAAGUUUUUUACAUUAUAUAAGAAGGAAGUCAUAGACAGAGAUCAUUUGCCAAAUGCUGCAUGUUUAGGCCUUCUUUUGAGAACAGCCAGGAGGUCCGAGAACAUUAUAGUAGGGGAAAACUUGUUUGCUCCCCAAUUAGCAAUUCGUGAGUUUCAAAGAAAUGUGCAAGCUUCUGGGAGGUCGUUUGGUAUUUUCCCACGUGACGGUUUGUGGAAACAGUACAUUUUGCUACUUGCCGAAUUUGACUACGUUUCUGAACUUUCGAAAAUCAUCAAAUGGUGGAUCGAUCUUGAUUUUAAGCCUAAGAAGAGCACCAUUCUAUUGUUGUUAAAUGCAUUACCUGAAGAAUUUGCUUUACGGCACAUAAAACAUCAUCAAGUAGCAAAACUGAGAAAAGAUUGGGAUUGGCCAACUACCCGAGAGUUUAAAAAGUUCAAGUGGCUGCAAAAUAGAUCGAAUUAA